GUCGCGUGACACACCAAUCAGCUCGCGCGCACGUUGAGCGUGGCUCAGUGUGAGAAGCGCGCGGUACCGCGAGACGCGCUUCACUCAUGAUUUAUCAAAGAUACGCUCUUAUUUACUAAUAAGAAUCUUUUGGGUAAUAUUUGGAAAUACACGCGAGUGUUGGAAUUCGUGGUUGUUUUUCCUGGGAUGGAUCCUAUUCAAGGUGUCUCUCGUGCACAGUGAACGUUCAAUGCUGUACUCGGACCCUCAUCGGGCUUUAUGGACUUGACUGUUAAUGAUGUCUAUGAGUUUCAUGUCUGACACUCUGAACAGUUCAGAUCCUUCAAAAUCAGCGUUUUUAGAGUUUGGCCACGGACUUCCAACCAACCAGCAGCAUUUAGCCGGAUUCCCGCACAAUAUUUACUCAGUACAUGGACUGCACUCCAGCGGGCACGAUGGUCCCUACCCUCCGGCCGCGUCUCAUUACAGCCGGCCGCUGGGAUACGCCUACCCGGCGCCGGUGAACGCUCCCGCGCCGAGUCCCUACAUGCCGUACCCACAGAACAGCAACAUCACCGGUACUUUGGGUCACAACACAAGGGCUGAAGAGACGAACCACGAAAAGGCAACGGUCAUUGAGAACGGUGAAAUUCGACUUAAUGGCAAAGGGAAGAAGAUCCGCAAACCGCGAACCAUUUACUCCAGUCUACAGCUGCAGGCGCUGCACCAGCGUUUCCAACAGACCCAGUACCUCGCGCUGCCCGAGCGCGCAGAUCUAGCGGCCAAACUGGGACUGACGCAGACGCAGGUUAAAAUAUGGUUUCAAAACAAGCGCUCGAAAUAUAAGAAGAUAAUGAAGCAUGGGUCAAGCGGACCUGAAGGGGAACUGCUUCAGACUUCUUCCUCCGCCUCUCCUUGUUCUCCGGGUCUGUCGCAGCUCUGGGAGAUCUCCAUGGUCAACAGGGUCCCACCUGUACAUCCCAGCAGUUAUAUGAACACUGGACACUGGUACCACCAGGACCAUGUGCCCAGAUCUCAGAUGAUGUGAUCAAAAUCGGAGAAAGAGAGGCAGAGACUCCAUUCGGUUUUGACACGUGUUAAAGUGUAUAUUAUACACUUACAUGGAAGGUGUUUGUCUUACAGUGUUGUGUUGUGUUGUGUUGUAUUGCUUUGUGUGUCUGAAAGGAUUGUGUUUACGCUCUAUGCAAUCAGGUGCCCAUGACUUCGUUACUGCAGUAGUUUUUCAAAGUUUCCAAAGAUCUUAAUAUUUGCUUUAAAUAAAGGAUAACGAUAAAAAUCUUCCAAUGUUUUGGCGUUAUUUAAAAUAACAUGUCACAUAACAAAAUGAAUGAAUUAUCAUUUUAAUUUAAACACUUGUUAUUAUGUUUUGUAGGCCUACUUACACCAAAACGGAUGGCGAAUGUUGAAACUGUACCCGAGCUUGUUGUCACACUUUUACAGUAAAUCGGUAAAAAUAAACUUGAAUAUUUCUAUUGCUAUUGCCCAAGAAAAAUAUAAACUUCAUUGAUUUUUAAAUGAAUUUAUUUAGUUGUGACAACUACCGGCUGUUUUCUUUAAAUGAACUUUGAUUGAAUUUAGGUCUGAUAUUGAAGCAAAGAAAGAAUUAGAAAAUAUAGUUUUAAAUAAGAGUUAUAGUUAAAAAUG